CUUAACAUAGCCCUAACUAAGUGAGUUAUCUAUUUUGUUUCUUCUCUGCCGCCCUCUUUUUCCUCUCGAGUUUUCUACAUUUUCUCCGGUCGGAAAGAUUGUUCACUCCUACGGCCACCACUCCUUCGAUACUGUCUUUCCCCAUUCCUCGUAUCUCACUAAACCCGAAAGCGUCCCCGUUUUUCCGAAACCUUCUUGGUGACCCUUUUGUAGAUUUUUUCAAUAAUUAAAGAUGCAGAACGACGAGGUUAUAUGGCAGGUUAUCAGGCACAAGCAUUGCAGCUUCAUGGCCAAAAUCGAAACUGGGAUUUUCUGUCGGAACCCAUAUAACGUGACUGGAAUCUGUAACCGAAGCUCUUGCCCUCUCGCCAAUAGUCGCUAUGCCACUAUUCGUGAACAUGAUGGAGUUUUCUAUCUGUAUAUGAAAACCAUAGAAAGAGCUCACAUGCCAAACAAAUUGUGGGAAAGAGUUAAAUUGCCCAGUAAUUAUGAAAAAGCACUUGAAAGUAUUGACAAACAUCUGAUGUAUUGGCCUAAAUUGCUUGUACACAAGACAAAGCAACGGCUGACUAAAAUGACUCAGAUGCGAAUACGCAUGAGGAAACUUGCUUUGAAGACCAGGGAAAAGAUAAUGACAACACCAAGAAAAGAGAAAAAGAGGGAGGCUAGGAGGGAGGAAAAGGCAGAAAAAGCUGCUCUAUUGGAAAAGAGUAUUGAAAAAGAAUUAGUAGAACGUCUUCAUAACAGGAAUUAUGAUGAAAUAUAUAAUUAUCCUUUCAAAGAAUACAAUAAGCUUCUGGAAAUGGAAGAGAUGCAGCUUGCUGUUGUGGAAGAAAAAGAAGAUGAGGAGGAGCCUGAGAUAGAAUAUGUUGAAGCUGGUGAUGAUCUUGAAGCAGAGGAUGAUAUAGAGGACUUUGGUGGUUUCGUGAUGGACCAUAUCCACACAGACGAUGACAACGUUGGAAUGGAUGAAGAUGAUGAAGAGGCAGAACCACACUCUCGCAAGAGAGUGCGAAAAGAAUCUGCAGCGGCCUCUAAAAAGCUCAGCAGAGAUGGAUCUGGUGCUAAGUUGAAGAAGAAGAGAGUACUUGUUGAGGUUGAGCGCGAAGAUGCUGAUGGUAGACGAAAGGCAGCACAAGAUGUUGCUUGAUUUGUUAUGUUAGUUCUAUGAACUCGGUCAGAAAUUUUCGUUUUCGUGAGGUCGCAUAUGGAAUUUUCCUAGAGCUUGCUAAGCAAAGAAGGAAACUCACAAUUGGAGACGGACAGAAUUUUGGUAGAUGGAUCACCAUAAAUUAUGGUUAAAGUUUGUUGUCCGAACAUCAAGCAACAAGAAAAAGUUUCAUUGUUUUUUGUUUUUUCUUUUCUUUUGUUGUUUAUUGUUAAGAGAAGCUGCUUCAUUCAACCUGUAGUUGGAGCAGAAGAUUUUGUAGAUUAGACAAUAGAUUUGUGACAGUUACUUUGAGAACCCGAACUCGUCAUUUCUUCACCCGCAUCCAGUUAUGGGAAUCAUUACUGUUCCGAACUAUGAAUUAUUCUCUGAACUUGUAACAUAACAUAUUUAUU